GGCUCCCUCCUCCGCCAUGGCCUUCUCCAGGGCUCCGCUCCGGCGCUUCAACGAGAGCUCCGUAUGUACCCCGCUGCGAGGAUCCUAUGAUGUUAAAUCUUCAGAUGUACUGAAAAGUUCUCUGUCCUCUGAAACAUGUCAAAGGGUUAGGAGACAGAAGAGUGAGACAAAUCUGAACAGUGAGAAGAGUGCACCUACCCCUGUAACUGGAAGGAGACUCGCAUCUCUCGGAUCAACACCAGCUAAUGGGAUUCUGAAGCCUAAAAAAGAUCUUAUCCUUAUGAAAGAGAAAAAGAAACAAAAGACACUGGAGAAGGAGAUUCGUGCAUUAGUGAGAGAGCGUGGAGAGCAGGAUAAAAGACUUCAGGCUCUGGAUGAGGAUUUUGUUAAGAUUGAAGCAAAGCUGAAUGCUGCAGUUCAGGAGAAAACAUCUCUUUUGGCAAAUAUUGCAUGCCUAAAAAAACAGCUUCUGGAACUAACAAGAACCAAUGAACUACUAAAGUCAAAGCUGUCUGAAGAUGGCGUGCAGAAGAAAAUGAGCAGCCUAUGCAUGGAAUUAAUGAAGCUCAGAAACAAGAGGGAUGCUAAGGAAAAGACUGCACUUGCAAAGCAGGAAGAUAUGGAAAUGAAGCUGCAGGAAGUGCAAAGGAAUCUAGAGCAUUCAAAGGGAAAAGUAGCACAGUUAGAAGAAAAACUGUCUGCUACUGAGAGAGAGAAAGUUGAAGAUAAGUCUGACACUGAAAAACUCCUGGAAUAUAUCACAGAGCUCAGUAGUGUUGCAGAAACAGUUGAGAAAUACAAAGUAGAUGUUGCCCAGAUGGAGGAGACACUGAUAAAGAAAGAUCAAGAUAUUGGGAUCCUGAGGGAUGCCCUCAGAACAAAAGAGGAAGAAUCAUUUAAACUGAUAAAAGAACUUAAUGAAAGGUGCCAGUUGCUUCAACGAGAGAAAGAGAAAGAGUUGUCUGAGAGCAGAGGAAAAUUCCUGAGUAUGAACGCUGAAAUAGAAGACCUGAAAAAAAAAAUUGGCUUAGAAGAACAAGAACACCAAAAACUGCUUCAGAAACAUGAGGAGAUGGUCUCUCAGCUGCAGCAAGAGAAGGAGUCAUCUGCGUCAAUGCACCAGAAGUUGCUGGAGUUCCAAGAUGAGGUAACAAGUGAGAGAUAUAUUCUUGAAGAAGAGCUGAAUGAUACAAUGAAUGAGCUGAAUAAAUUACAUGCUAAGGAGAAGAAAGCUGAAAAGUUGGUGAAGCGGUUGGAACAAGAAAUCAAAUCUCAAGCUCUUGAACUUGCACAGAUGGAAGUAAAGUUGAAAGGGAAGAAUGCUGAGUUGGAGCAAAUCAAUGGAAUGCACAGCAAUGCUGUUUUGCAAAUCCAGGAAGAGCAUAGCAAUACAUUGUGUAAACUUGGAAAGACUGUUGCUGACUUUGAGAGCUACAAGAAGACAGUAGCUGAAGAAAUAUGCAGUCUUAAACUGGAGAACACCUCUCUGCAAGAAGAAGUUGCCAACCUAAAAAAAAUAGGCCAAGAUAAUCUACAGCUGCUUCAGGAAGCAGAAUACACUAAAAACAAAGCAAAAGAAGAAUGUGCAAGGAUGCUUUUGGAAGUCCAGACAAAGCUUGCGCUAAAAGAAGCAGAAACAGAGAGAACAAAAGAGUCUUGCCUUGCACAAAUGACUAAACUUCAGGAAAAACUGGAAGAGCAAACUGAAGAUCUGAAAAGAAAACUUGAAGUGGAAAGAUCAAGGAAAACCAUAAAUGAAGAUGUGACCUCUAGUUUAAAAGAGGAGAUAAAGACCUGGCGUAAUCUAUAUGAAGAUUUACAUAACAAAACUAAGCCUUUUCAGCAACAAUUAGAUGCAUUUGAAGCAGAGAAGAAUGCGCUCUUAAAUGAGCACGGUGCAGCCCAAGAAGAACUGAAUAAACUAAGUGAUGCCUAUGCUAAACUACUUGGCCACCAGAACCAGAAGCAAAAAAUCAAGCAUGUUAUGAAGUUGAAGGAAGAGAAUACCCACCUGAAGCAGGAUGUCUCAAAACUGCGCGCAUUGCUAGCAAAAGAAAAGCAAACCAACAGAGAUCUUCAGGAGCAGCUAUAUGCAAUUCAGGGCAUUAGGCGUUUUGAUCCUUCCAAAGCUUUCCAGCAUGAUAGCAAGGAAAAUAUUCCUCCGAAAACUCCUUUUAAAGAAGGUAAUAAAAACAAAAUUUAAUCUCUUCUUGGUAUUAAGAACAAUAUCAUGAAUCACCAAUAAAUUUAUGUACUACAGAAGACUUUGACAGACUGCUUGUUCAAGGUGAACUUUGAUGCCGUAUAUAAUACAAAUUAGUAGGAGUACUAGAGAAAUGGUCUAAAAUGAUAUGUUUUUAGAAAACUAUGCUUGGUUAUACUCUUACUGUGAAGCUGUAGGUGGCUGUUCCAGACUCCUGGUAACAUCGUUGCACUCUUCAACUGCGAAAAGUGUUCACUGUUUCACUUUUUUUGUAUGCUGAAGCUGCUUAGUUUGUUUUUGACAGAGAAGCUUAAGUUCAGAAAAGGUGAAUAAGGAUGGCAAAUGAAAUCUGAUUUCAUAAAAGAUGGUUUUUUAUCUAUCUCAUGUAUACAAUUUUAUGUUAAAUUAAUUUUGCUGUUUAUGGUUGCUUCAAUACCAAUGGCAGAAAUGCUGCCAAGAGACCCUUCUUCCUCUGUGGCCUACAUAAUAUAGAACCAAUGUAGAAAAUCGGACUGUACAGUUAGUUUUUAUAUUCUUAGUGGGAUCUAUAUUCAGGACAUGCUAAUUUAAAUCCUGGGGCUAGAUAUUGCAGCUGCUGAUCUCCAGAAGAGGGUUUUCAAGUCAAACUCAAAUUGACUGCAUUUAUCUAAAUGCUGGCAUACUGUGGCUAAGAUUAGUGUCUUAAGAGGAAUGUCGAUUUUAUGAAUGCUGUGCUCACUGGACUCUUAAACUGUCAUAACAUCUUUGUAGGCAGCUGUUGUAAUUGAUCAGUGCUGUGUGAAGGGGACUGACAACAGAACUUGUCUUAACCAUGUGGGAGGAUACCCACUGUACAUGCAUUCAUUGUAGAGACUUAGAUUUUGGCAAGGUGGAAGGAAUCUCUUUAACUGCAUCUCAAAUUAAGAACGUUUUAGCACAAUAAAAAUUUUAAA